GGGCGGGCUUAUCCGACCCCCGUCUUUUCCCUCACGUUACGGAGGAAGUUUCAGUUCUCGCUGAGGAGACGGGCUUAUCUUUAUUACCUCUCUCGAAGCGGAAAAGGGUCGUCUUUUUAUUCCCGAACGACAAGGCGAGAGAUCCCUCGCAGUGCGCCCGCUCCCACGUGAAUGAGUCGGCCUGCGUUGAGCGACCCCCCCGCCCGCCGCCGCUCUCUGGAUCCGCCGCCCAGCACCAUGUCAUUUGUGAAUGGUGAGACCUGAUCGCAGAGAGGUAGUUUUUCCCCUCUCUCUACCCCCUGAACGUCUCCCAUCCUGGCGAACUUUCCACCCAACCUCGACUGCCGUGCGCCCACCCCGAGCCCAGGGAUUGAGAACCUGUCAUCGGACUCAAUGGGAGACAGCAAGAGAAUUAUUUAUCGUCUUCUCUCUCCCGAGAUCUGCUCGUAGACCCCGCGCUAGGAUUGUUUUCAUGUGUCGCUUGGAGCCGUUGGACAAAUCGUGUGUAUUUUACUGGGACUAUUCGGGAUGGCACAUUUCCCUUUGUACUUGAACUCCGCAAUGCUGGUGUUGUUCAGCUGUGAAUUCCGCCUGGUGACAGCAACUGACAGACCACCAGCUCCUGUCAAUGUCACGGUCAGUCACCUGAAGGCCAACUCAGCCAGUGUGUCCUGGGAUGUUCCUGAAGGAGAUGUUAUCAUUGGUUAUGCAAUAUCACAACUGCGAAAAGAUGGUCAGAUGCAAAGAUCAAUCCGUGAAGUGAAUACAACAAACCGAGCCUGUGUGCUUUGGGACUUAGAGGAAGACACGGAAUAUGUAAUCCAAGUUCAAUCGAUUGGUCUGAAUGGGGAAAGUCGUGCCAGCAAGCGUGUCCAAUUCAGAACUCUAAAAGAAACUGAUUGGGUGCCAUCAAAUAGCUCGAACAAAGAUGAUCCGACAGUGCAGGAAAUGAAUAGGAACAUGCCAUUACAGACGGGAGAAAUGAUCAUCAUUGUGACCGUUCUGAUUAUGUGGGCAGCUGUCAUCGCGCUCUUCUGCAGACAAUAUGACAUCAUUAAAGACAAUGACUCAAACAACAACAAGGAAAAGGCCAAGCCCUCAUCAGAACACAGCACCCCAGAGCGUCCAACAGGUGGAUUACUGCGCAGUAAGUUCCAAAAUAACACACCAGCCAUUAACAUCAUUGAAGUUUGACUGCUACACGAUUGCACUGUAGAUGGAGCAACAGCACAGCUGACUGAAGGAACGUUGACUAAAUCUUAUUUAUCCAUACUUUGCAUUUUAACACAACUUCUUUAUGCCUGAAAGCAUGUCGUAGCCAAAAGUUUCUUCGCUCAGGGACAUCUGCAUGGGAACUGAAGCCAUGCAUGUUGGAAUACUUCUUCAGUACAAAGGACCAUCAAAGAUGACCUGUGCAGACAUUGUCCAAGGCCCAGUGACUUGCAGUAACAACCUGACUGCAACGUUUGCUCUGCCGGCUUCAGAGCACCCCACUCCUUGAUAAUCCAGAUCCGAUUUGCUGGCCUGCCAAUUCUCAGAUCUAUUCUUUCCUUGUUAAGCAGCAGUGGAUUGCCAGAAAGGUUAGGUUGGGGACACAACAACAGAAAUGGUGAGAUAACACAGCUCCAAUCUGCAGGUGAUUCCCAUACACCCGCUGGAAUGAAAAAGUGAGAGAGUGCUAGCCAGAUAUGGCUGAGGAUAAAUUUCGAGAUUUAAAAAAUGUGCCCAUGUUAUUCGAAUUAAUCAUAUUUUUUUCCAAUCUGUUUCAAGAACUUCAGAUAAGAUUCUUAUGCCAGUCAACACAGAAGAUGUUGUCUCUGGUCAGUAUUGAUAUUAUAUAAAUUUAGAGCUUCUUUUUCAAUUGCUGUAGGAUUCAAUGCAGACACAGAUCCAAACACAUGUACAUGUUACAUGAAGAAUUGAUUCCACCUUACUUACUUUCAUUUAAAUAACAUUUUUAAUUUCUUUAACAUUAAACCCAUUAUGUUGAUUGGUAAUAUUCCCAAAAGAGAGAUUAACCACAAAAGAGAAACAGAUCUCUCUUAAUUAAUGGAGUAGGGCUUUCAUUUAUACUAUGGUUAGCAAUUGAUAUUACUGUAUUAAUUACAAUGUAACAUUCUGUGUAAUAAUAUGAUUGUAAUUAGAAAUAGUAGAAUUGACUGAGAAAAAUGUUACCAAUUUCUGAAUUUUCGAAGAAUUUGCUGCUUUAAAUUUAAAGAGGAAAUCUACUGUUCUGUUCAAAUGUUUCUCUAUGGAAGUGGAUUUAUUUUAAUUUUGAUUGCAGAGCCAAAGACAGCAGCAUCCUUUGCAAGGGAUGAAAUGCCUGAUAAUGAGAAUUGUUUUAUAUGCCAUGCCUGUGGAAUAAUGGAAAGCGGUAUGAAUGGAAUAGUAUUUCAAAGUGAUAUUACUUUUCUAAAUGUUAACAAUUACAAUGAAUUAAUAUGCAAGCUAAACAAAGUAUUUCUUUGGCCUCUUAUUUCCUUUUGUCGUUUACCUACAACUGUACUGUUCUGUGAUAAAGAGGAAUAUUGAGACAGUGUUAA